AUAUCUCAACCCUCGAAAUGAUGAAGCUUCCAUUUUCCAAUAUUCGAUCAUUCCCAACCGGUAAUUAUUAUUUCGGGUUCCAUUCUUCUAUGCUCGACUUUCCACUUCUCCAAUAAUAGUUCGGAUGUUACUUGCGUGCGAAAUUCUCACUUUGGGCAAGGACGCAUCGUUGGGCAAGGACGCAUCGUGGAGAAGCAUUGAAGCUCCGCCCCAUAAGUUAUGCACACCAAGUGUUUGUGUUCAUGGCGCUCUGUUUUGGUUACAUCCGUCAAGCAAUGGGUAUUCCAUCAGUCUUUUCGAUGUCAAAGAGGAGAGCUUUCAAGUAAUUCUGCCACCAAGGACCUUGAAACGCUAUGAUUUACUACUACAAUUUGGAGGCCAUCUUGCUGUGGCUGGUUAUCAUUUUCGGCAGAGUUUAGACCUCUGGGUGUUGGAGAAUUAUGAAGGACAGUCACAGUCACAGUCAUGGACCAAACACCUCAUUGACCUUCCAUUUGAUUUGGCUGACAAGGGAUAUUGGUUUCCGGCUGGGAACCUCGUUACUGACUGGUGGAGUGAUUAAGUCAUGCAUGCCUGUCUAUUCGUAUGAUCACGCUAAAGACAAGUUUGAAGAGCUUGUAAUUGGCAGGUUCGGACCAUCCCCAUCUAUAGUCGGAAAGGGAACGGAUUUUUUUCAAAUGUACUACUAUGAGGAAAAUAUUGUACCAUUGAGUGAAUUUGAAUUGUCAAGAGCAGGGGCAGAUUUGCAGUGGGUGCAGCCUGGAAUUUGAAAAAAUAUUGGGGUUUGUUGAAAUUUUUUGAAAUUUUAGAAUUUGUUAAAAAUUGCCCCACUGAAAC